AUGUUAAAAUUCGUUUUAUUUAUUUUAUUCUUGAAUUUUAUUGAUGAAGCUACUCUGCGAUAGGGAGGGGAUGGUCAAAUGAUAUUUGUGAAUGGGAAACCACAUUAGGUAUUGGUGAAAUAAAAGCGAUUUGCUUAAUUGAGGUAACGAUGAGUAGUUAAUAAAUUAAGAUCUAUGCCAGAGUUAUCUGAAGAUGAAGGAGGAGAUGAUGGUGGUGGAGAUGAUAUGGGUGAUGAUGAGAUUGAGGCAGGAGGAGGUGGUGGUCCAAGUUUAGGUGGAUUGGGAGGAUUAGCAGGCGGAAAUCCCAGAGAUGCAGAAACAGAGGAGAAUUUAAGAUUGGAUGCCUGGUCUAUCAUUAGAAAUUUAGAUGAAUUUAUGGUUGUUUAAAAUCAGAGAUUGAUGGAUGCAUUAUAUGGAGAUGCAAUUGAAUAAAAUGAAGAAAUGGAAGAAUUAAUAUACGAUUUGACUGACAAUAUUGAUCAUUGGACCUAUAGAGUCUAUAGUAAAUUCUAAAAAAUGAACCUUGCACUAGAAGACAGCAGAUACACAUCAGCAAAAACAGCGAUAAUAGUAUUGAUCUCAUUCUAAAUGAUUAGGCAAUCGAAAGUCAAAUCAGGAAAGCCAAUUAGCAACUUAAAAUAUAUUAUGGUUAGUUGUAUAGGUUGUAGGAUCAAAUCCCAGAUGAGGAAGAACAAUGUGCAUAAUUCUAUACAUGCAAGGAAUGUCUGAGCAAUCAGGGUUGUGGAUGGUGUCCAUUAAAUGAUAAAUGUGUAGUUGGAGAUGAGAAUGGGCCACUCUUUUAACAAUGUCAACAUUACAACUAUUAGUUUUGCUAAGGCAAAUAAUGCUUGAAAUAUUCUACUUGUAAUGUAAGAAUAUAAAAUAAUCCAUAAGACCUGCCUAUCUGAUUCAGAAUGUGGAUGGUGCUAAGUGGAUGAAGAUGACAUCAAAGUUUGUCUCUAACAACCCAGGAAUUUUGAAGGUUGUCCUGAAGGUCAUUGGCACCACAUAGCAGGAGAGCAGUUUGCUUGUCCGUUUAAGAAAUAGAAACAAAAGAUGGAAGAAGAUGUGCCUGUUCAUAAAUUUUGGAUGAGACCCAAGGCUCCACCUCCUGAGUGUAAACCUGUGGAUUCUGCAAUGAGGGCGAAGAUCUAAAAGGAGAGACAAUAAUAUAAUGACAAGUCAGAGUAUAAGGGGGAAGAGAAUAGAAAUAAAGAAGUGGUAAAACUAGUGCUUAUGUACAAUAGUAAUUGAAUUAUAAAAACACUCUUCAGCAAAAAGUAGUUUAGUUAAAGAAUUUAGUAGAUGAACUCAUAGAGAGAAGGGAUGACAUCUAAGCAUGGGUUGAUGAAUAUAUAAAGGCUAGAGGCAUAGAACUAUCAGAGGCUGCUGAAAAUCAAGAUUAGGAUGCAGGAGAAGAAUCACCUCAAGAAAAUUAAGAGUAGGAGGAUGCAUCCAACGCUUCAGGAUAAGGAGCAAACAACAGGGUCUAAGUGAAAAAAGAGAAAAAAUAGAAGAGUAUGUCUAUGUUAAUAAGUUAGAAAUUGUGUAAAUAUUUGCUGAAGAAACAGCAACGCCAGAAGAAGAACAAAUGCCUGAAGCAUUAGAAGAGGAAGUGUAGGAGGAAGUAGUUGAAUAGGGAGAAGAGGAUGUGGAAUAUGUUUUCGAGACAUCCAAAGAGUAUAAGGUCGAUAUUCGAGAAAUUCAUGUGGAAAAGGAGAAGAAGAAGAAGGUUGACAAGGAGGCAAUUGAGGAUAAAAAAUAUAAAGAUCAAGGAGAAAGGGAAAUAGAAGGAGAUUUAGAAACAGAUUAUUACAAAGAUUAUUAUAAAUAAAGGAAGAAGCAUUUUAGAGAUUUUGAGAAGUAUUAUCCAAAAUGAGAAUUGUUCGUUUUUCUAAUAGUUAAUUAUGUUUAUUAUUUUAAUCGAAAGCGUAAUUAUAUUUUCUGGGUUGGCUGUCCAUCACCAUCACAAACAAGAGCAACUAUUGUUGCAGACAGGCACGUAAAAUUUGAUUUACAAUUCAGGAUGGGAUUGGGAGAUGAAUUAUAAAAUGAAGUGGAUAGAAUUAAAGUGUCACUAAAAUUAUAAAAUAAAGCAUUAGCCAAGGAACUGCGAGGGGCCACUGAAGAGAGAGCUGACAACAUUUCGGAAUUGUCUUCUGACAUCAAGAAAAUACUAGAUAAAAUGGCAUAUGUCACUGAUACCAAGAUGACCAGAAUCAAUGAUAGAGUUCAAGAGCACAUCUAUCAAACAGAAGCAAUCUCCUUAAUAAUAAUCAUGGAUUAAUUGGAUAAGAAAGUUUAAGAAUUGGCAGGGAUCAAAUAAUAGAUCAAAUAACUUAAAGCCAAGAUUCCCAAGCUUUCCGAUAAGUGCAGCAAAUUUUAUACAUGUUACGAAUGUUUAUAAGAUGAGAGUUGUGGAUGGUGUUCAAUGGAAGAUAAAUGUGUUGAAGGAGAUGAGAAAGGACCACAAAAGAUCAGUUGCAAUUUCUAUAGUUAUAAAUAAUGUAAUGGGAGACAAUGUCAUAAAUACAACACAUGUGCAGUAACAUAUUCAAUCUUAUAUAAGACGUGUAUAGCUGAUCCCUCAUGUGGUUGGUGCAUUGAUGAUAAUCGAUAUAUGUCAGGGUGUUUAUAAUAACCCUAUGAUUAUUAAGGAUGUCCUAAAAAUGGGUGGUUCCAUUUAGAAAGUCGAUAGAAUUCCUGUCCAUAAUAAUUGAGGAAGGUCUAUGAAGAGGAAUUCGAUGAAAAUUCUUAUUGGUCCAAACCACUUGAAGAUUCUGCUUAUGUUGAUGAAGAGGAGAGUAAUGAAUAAGAUAAGAAUAAUGCUUUGAAUGGCAGAGGAGGAGUGGAAGAGAGCGAAUCUAAUACAGAAUAUAAUAAGAAGUAAUAACAGGUGGUUAAUCAAAUUAAAUAAUUAGAAGCGUUGGUCAAAGAGAUAGAAAAGGAAAUUGAUUCCUUAUAGAAGAGAUAUAAAGAGACUGUUGAGUGGUUAGAUAAGUUUAAUCAGGGGGAGGAAGGAGAAGGGGAUUAAUAGUAGUAAUAAGAGGAAGAACAAUAAUAAGAGUAGUAGGAGGAGACUCAAUCAACAUAGAAUGAAGCACAAAAGAAGAAGGAAGAGAAGGCAAAGAAGAAAGAAGAGAAGAAGUAAAACGAUUAAGAAAGUAAAAAGAAGAAGGAGGAGGAGAAAAAGAAGAAAGCAGAAGAGGAGAAGAAGAAGAAAGAGGAGGAGUAGAAAAAGAAAGAGGAAGAAAGGAAGAAGAAAAAGUAAGAGGAAGAAGAGAAGAAAAAGAAGAAGAAAGAAGAGGAGGAUGCCAAAAGAAAGAAAUUAUAGGAGGAUUUAGAUAAAAAAAAAUAGGAAGAAGAAUAAAAUGAGGAGGCCAGGGAUUCCAAUGAGUAGGAGUAAUAAUAAGAAGAUGGAGAUGGAGAAGGCAAUAAUGGAGAUGGAGAAGCCAAUAAUGAAAGUAAUAAUGCUUCUCAUAGUGAUGAAACGAAUUAAGAAACUCCUCAAGAAGGGGAUGAUCAAAGCAAUCAAUCACAAAAGAAGAAUAAGAAAUCAUCAAAAGGCGGAGAUUCCAAUAAAAAGGCUAAAGAUAAAUAAGGGUCGAAAGAUAAGGAAUCUGAAUAAGGGGACGAGUAAGGAAAUGAAGAUAAAGAGGAUAAAAGAGAGAUUCCAGAUUCCUACUUCAGGGAACCACAAUUAUAAAAUAAGAAGUGGGAGGACUUUUACAAUGGCAAUUUUAAUUUUAUUGCCUAAGAAUAGGAAGUUGAUGAUGAUGAAAUGUAAUUUGACUCCAUAGAUAUUGUUGAUGAAUUUUAUGAUCCUUUUCAUUUAAAUUGA